CACGCUGGUCCGUUCAUCGACGUCGCCAGGGCCACCACCACACGCCCAGGGCGGGGCGGAGCGGAGACGGCCACGAGCAAAAAUUCUUUCCAUCGAAGUGAGCUGAGCGAGUGGAGCUACGGACUGGGAGAAGGAUUGGUGGUCAUGGACAACGACGAUGAAGCUUCCCAUCGUACCACUGACCCCGUCCAUCAUGUCCGGCAUUCUGCACCCACCACCGUCAGAGAGCGAGCUGGAGCUGCUCAGCUUCCUCAGCUCUGACAAUUGGCAAGUGCGCCAAGUCGCCCUCUCGAACCUGGCAGGCUUCUCAGCAAAGACGCACCCAAGGCGAGGUCUGCUUCUCCUCCAACAGGACAAGCUCGACGUCCUGAGCGACUUGAAGCGCCUCACAAUGGACUUGACCCCAACAGCACACGACGCUUUCUCCUGCUUGAUCAACCUCUCUGACUCCAUCCUCGUCUCGAGGCGCAUCGCCACGCCUGACUACCUCUCCUUCCUCGUGACCUACAUCUUCCACCCCUCGUCUCUGCUGGCAGACCUGGCAAGCAUGCUUCUCUCUAACCUCACGAAGCUUGAUUCGGCAGUCAAGCAGCUCGUGGAGAUGAAAUUGCCCGGCAGCAGCCUAGGUAUGCCUGACGAGGAGCUCACAGCUCUCGAGCUACUUCUGGCCGCUUUUGACCAAGGCGCCACAGUCAAGGCCUCGGCGUCAAGUGCAGCGAUUGAGGAGAUGAAGAAGCGAGCAGGCUCUGCCAUGUCCAGCGGAAAUGCUGCCGCAGCAGAAGAGGCAAUGAAGAACGAACCGAAAUCUGCAGCCGCGCAGGCAGAGGGCGAUGAGCGCAAAUCGCAUUGCAACUUCCUCGCAAGCGUCUUCGCAAACGUUACCGUUACGCCCAGCGGUAGGGAAUACUUUACCACCCCGCUCACCCCGCCCGACUGCGCAUCAAUACCGCUCGGUCGUCUCUUCCCUUAUACGGAGCAUCCCGACCUUAUCAGGAGAGGAGGCGUCAUCUCCUCGCUCAAGAAUGCUCUCUUCGUCAAGUCCGCUCACCCUGCGCUCGUGGCUGCUCCUGCCUCAGGCUCAGAUAUGACUCCGCCCCUCGUGCGACCUGCGGCAGUCGAGUCCUCCACGCUGGACGUCUUGCCAGCCCUCCUCCUGCCUCUCUGCGAUGGGUCCCUUUUCUCAGGCUUGGACGACGAAGAGCAACUCAGCCUGCCGGACGAGCUGCAAUUCCUCGAAGGCGAAGGCGAAGGCAAGCACGUUGAGAGAGAUUCAGCUUUGCGCGGUAUGCUCGUCGAGUCGCUGCUCCUCUUAGGAACUACCUUGUACGGAAGGAGAUGCAUGAGAGAGAGAGGCGUGUAUGUCGUUGUCAGAGAGUUGCACAAGAAGGAGCAUGAUGAGCAGAUUGGAGAGUCGAUCUUACGCUUGGUGAAUCUCCUCAAGAGAGAGGAGUCGGCUGCGACGUUGGCUGAUGCGGAGGGCGGGGAUGAUGACGAGGGAGAGGACGGGCAGAAGUCGAAGGAUCAGAAGGCUAUUGAUGAGCUGAUUGGCGCAGAGCAGGUCAAGGAGGACGAUGAAGACGACCUCGUCAUCGAGGAGCUGUAGUAUAGUAAUGCACCCCAUUGCGACCGGGGACGAUGGGGCUUGCAGUUGUCUGAUUUCGCUCUAUUCUGGUAUUGUACAAGCUCUCGCCAUCCCCUAGUCCACCCCCGCUCAAUCAUCCGCCGGUG